UUCUUUUCCUUUUUUUUUUUUUGGCUCUUUCUUUUUCGGUUUCCUUCAAAUUUUCUUCGAAUCCCAAAAAAAAAGCGAAUAUGAGAAGUCGGCGCGUUGUUUUUUGCUUACUGCAUCUGUUUACAGCUGCUUAUCUUGUAGUUGCAGAUAAUAUAACCUACAGUGUCAUUACAGAUUCUGCAGAGGCCACCAAUUUUGGUAUUAUCAUCAAUAACGUUACCUAUCCCUUAACGCCGUCCAAUAUCAGCUCCAUUCUUUUUCAAGGUAGCGCACCUUCCAAUGCCAUCUAUACUUAUGCCAAGUUUGACAAGAAUACAAAUGCACUGAUUCAGAGAGAGCCAUUUUCUCGCCCCGCUGUUUCAACUAGCACGCCUAAUGAGUUUUUUAAUCGAAACUGGAACAAAAAGGAUAUCAAACAUUUCGAAUUGGUUGCUAGUAUUCCUAAAAAUUACAAUCGUCGUGAUGACGAAGAUUUACACCCUGAAGGCGAAAUACCCACUAUUCAAGUGGUAGCUAAUCAAUCAGACUUUGAUAAUCUGCAUCAUAACGUAGCCAAGGAUAUUACUAUUACUGCCGAUAUUGUAUACAUCAGAAAGGAUUCUGUUAAAUUGUUCAAGCAGGCUGAAUUUGAAGUCGGUGGUCGCUCGUCAAGACAAUUAACAAAAAUUUCUUAUAACAUCAAGCUCAACAAACAAGCAAAAGAUGAUAUCAGUGGUUUCAGGAAAUUAAAACUUCGCUCAACUGUAACUGAUCCCAGUUACAUGCGUGAUUAUUUGACUAGUGAUAUGUUGAGGGCUGCAAACCAACCUGCCACCAGAGGCUCUUAUGUCCGAGUUUUUUUAAAUGGACGACCCAUUGGCCUUUACACUAUCAUGGAGAAGUAUGAUGAUACAUGGUUAAAAAAUGAAUUUAACGCUGGCAAUAAGUAUAAAAAUGGUAUCUUCUAUGAAGGCGAAGGAGGUACUGGUGAUAAACGUGCCGAUUUGUCAUACAAAGGAGAUAAUGCUACAGAUUAUGCUGGCUCGGCCUAUUCCAUUGCAGAAAAGUCAGACUCAGGAGAUGAUAGUUUAAAUGAUUUGAUUGCCUUCAUAAAGUUCAUUAACCAGCAAUUGGAAUUCCAAAAAUCAGCGAACCAGACAUCCCUUAAUGCCACAGUUACAGAUUGGGAAAGCCAUCUUGAUGUUGAAGGCUUCCUAACAUGCAUGGCUCUGGACUUUCUGCAAGGCUCUUGGGAUGCUUAUCUUCAAAAUACAAACAAUUACUUUUUAUACAAAUCUCCUGAACGAAACCGAUUCAUUUAUAUUAAUUGGGACUAUGAUUAUACGAUGGGAAGUGGUCCUGUCUCCAUGAAAAAAAUUAGUCUGGGCAACUACAAUGAAUAUGGUGGUGUUAAAACCAGACCCUUAAUGGUCGCCCUCCUGAAUGUGCCCUACUACCGUGCUCUCUUUGAAAGACGCUUGUCUGACUUAAUCACGAACAUUUAUAAUACAGACAAAUCAUACCCUGUCAUUGAUUCUGUUGUCAGCUUAAUUCAAGAUGAUGUUGCUUGGGACAAGACUUUGCCGCAUGUUAUCUCGGGGUACGAAUUUGUCACGCCUACUGUCAAUAAUGUUCUACAUGGCGACUUUUUCAAAAAGAGCAAUAUUGGUACACCCACUAGUUUGAGUAUCUUGACCGCUGUAGAUUUUAUCAUCCGAUUGAACUCGGAUAUUCCUUUCAAAAAUGCUAUCAACGGUAACACCGGUCACUCUUCGCUAUAUGGUGUUAAGGAAUGGGUUCAAGUCAAGCUUGAUAACAUCAAAAAGAACUCGGGCGACACAUCCCUACUACCAUUCUUACCACUGAAGCGUUAAACCAAUUCAUUUGCAUAUUACAAAUUAUCACUAUCACUUAAUUAUAUAUCACCGUGCUAUACUCCAUAGUAUCCAUUAAGCCCCACUUUUUUAUCAUUUUAAAUAUUCCAUAAGUAAACCUCAAAUUCAAAGCUAUUCUACUGACUUAAGAAUGCCGUCUUUUGUUUAUUAUGAAAUAUCGUACCUGU